UCUCCGAGUCGCUGUUACACAUCAUUUUAUCACAUCUUAUCAAAAAAAUUUUGUAUUUUCACAUUUGAAUUUUAUCGUGAGAAUGGGAAAAGAACGAGUUGCCAAAAAAGAGCGGCACAAUCCUCUUCAUGUUCAACUGCUGGAAGAUAAAAAACCCGGUGCCAAACAUACUAAGCCAAGGCGAAGUCAAGAAAAGGAAAAAGACGAUAAAUAUGUCGAACCAAGUCUUUCGCGGAAAAUUCUCAAAAUUGCAAAGGAACAACAGGAAGAACUUCAGGAAGAACUUGAGGAGGAGGAUACUUUAGAUAAAGGUCAACCCAAUAAGAAUGAUCAAAAUAAAAUAUUUUCUUCAAUAAUCGAAAGUGAAAGUGAAGAAGAUUAUUCUGACGAAGAAGAUUUUGAUUAUGAGGAAUUGGAAAUUGAUGAAAAGGAUCAAGAAAUUCUAAAAAAGUUUUUGCCAAAUGCUCCAAGGGAAAGGAAAACUUUGGCAGACCUGAUUAUGGAAAAAAUUGAAUCGCAAAAUUUGAUCAAGGAUAAAACUUCAGAUGUAACGUCUCAACAUCCGUCUAUAAAUCCAAAAGUGGUCGAAGUUUAUACAAAAGUUGGCACACUUUUGAGGCGUUAUAAGUCCGGAAAACUUCCUAAAGCUUUCAAAAUUAUUCCAUCUUUGUCCAAUUGGGAAGAAAUUUUGUACCUAACUCAUCCUGAAAAUUGGACUCCUCAUGCGACUUUUCAAGCCACGAGAAUUUUUGUUUCAAAUCUUAAGACUAAACAAACACAAAGGUUUUUUGAUCUCGUCCUUCUUGAAAAAGUCCGAGAUGACAUUCAUGAAAACAAAAAGCUUAAUUACCAUUUAUAUAUGGCUCUCAAAAAAGCAUUGUAUAAACCAGCAGCAUUUUUUAAAGGAAUCUUGUUUCCAUUGUGCGAAUCAGGUACAUGUACAUUAAAAGAAGCCGCUAUCAUUGGUAGUAUAAUCUCAAAAGUUAGUAUCCCUAUACUUCAUUCUUCGGCUGGAUUGUUACGACUUGCUGAAAUGGAAUAUUCUGGACCAAACAGUCUAUUCAUCCGCAUAUUACUUGAUAAAAAAUACGCGCUACCUUAUAAAGUGGUAGACGCGUUAGUUUUUCACUUUUUGCAGUUUAAAAAUGAUGAAAGGACGAUGCCGGUAUUAUGGCAUCAGUCAUUUUUAGUUUUUGCACAAAGAUAUAAACAAGAUUUAACAACUGAACAGAAAGAUGCUCUUCUUGAAGUAUUAAAAGUCAAAUCUCACGAUCUUAUAACGUCGGAAAUCCGCCGUGAAAUUAUUAAUUCUGUUGCACGUGGCGAAAUAAUCGACGAUGUGGAAAUGGAAAUUAUCUGAUCGACUGAUCACCAAAAAGGUUAAAUAAGCAAAUAAUAUAAAUUCACGUAUUUUAUACGGAGCAUUGAACCAUUUUACGACACGUAAUUAGUUACAUAAAUUUAAAUGACUAAAAUGUACAUCAUACACAUCUGACAUAUUCGCAUACAGCCAAUAGUUAAUUGACAACACUAAAAUAAUCUCCAACCAAUAGAAUAAUGCCAACAAUAUAUUUUAUUUCGUAUUUCAACAUUAUAAAAAGGUCUUUAUUUAAG